GCGGUUAUUUAUUGGUUUUGGUUCAGACAUCGCUGUAAACGCGAGUGAAACAGACGCCAUUUUGUACCGCCAUGCAAAAUUCCGCGCGAAUUUCGUUCUCUAAGUUCUUUCGCCAUGUCAAGCAGUUGAAGCAAAGGAAGUUCUCGGCCUCAGCGUCUGUGAGAAAAAAUGAGGAAUGGAUCAUUCAUUCACCGUACAAAGAUGCUGUUAUUCCGAAUAUGAGAUUUUUGGACCGGUUGUGGAAAGAAUCGAAGAGUUUUCAAAACAAUGUGGCUCUUGAAUGUGCAGAAACAAAAAAGCAGUACACCUAUAACCAGCUGCAGCAUUACAUGGCGGUAUUCGCCACGUCGCUGCGCCGGAAAUUGGGCUUGCAGCAGGGUGACGUCGUGGCUGCAAUGUUGCCAAACAACCCAGAGUUCGUUGUGGUCAGCUUUGGCGCUUUACAAGCAGGAUGCGUUAUGACUACUAUCAAUCCUAUUUAUAAGGAAUUGGAAAUUUCACACCAAGUUUCAACAACGGAACCCAAAUUAAUCGUCACCAACCCAGAAUGCUACGAGGCUGUCGUCAAGGGGUUAGCAAUUGCCAAAAACAAUGCCAAAAUUGUCUUGGUCGAUGGACCUGACGCCAAAAUUCCUGAAGGUGUUAUUAGAUAUUCGGAAAUUGCUGAAAAAGGAGAAGUGGAUUAUAAGUUCCUGGAUACUAUAGAAGUAAAGUUAGAAGAUACAGCAUUUAUACCUUUCUCGAGUGGCACAACAGGGCUGCCUAAAGGUGUAGAUAUUUCGUAUAAGAAUUUGCUGGCUGCAAUUGAAAUAAUGCAAAAUAAAAAUCAUUGUUUCCCGCAACUUGCUCAUGGUGACUUUCAAGACGUUGUCCCCUGCGUCCUUCCCUUCUUCCAUAUCUAUGGCCUCGUGGUGACGCUGAUCGGCCAUCUGUCCAUGGGCUGCAAGCUCAUUACGUUGAACAAGUUUUCAACUGGACUCUUCUUUGACGUUCUUAGCAGAGAUAAAGUCAGCUUGCUGUAUGUUGUUCCACCUAUUGCAAUUCUUCUCGGCAAGCAUCAGGACGUGAAGCCAGAGUUUUUCCGGAACAUGCGGCAUAUUGUUUGUGGAGCUGCACCGUUGGCUGCUACUGAUGCUGAAGCUGUCCUCAAAAGAAGUGAGCGACACUUCGAAUUCAACCAAGGCUACGGAGCGACAGAGACCACGUCUCUCACUACCACCAUCCCAAUAAGAGCAAAAGACGUGGACUACAAUUCUUGUGGAAUAGCUAUGUCGAGCGUCAAGCUGAAGUUUGUGGAUCCGCAAACUGGCAAAACUGUACCUAUUGGAGAAUCUGGAGAAAUGUACGUCCAAUCACCGACCGUAAUGAGAGGUUACUACAAAAAUGAGAAAGCGACUAAAGAAUCUUUGACCGAAGAUGGGUUUUUCAAGACAGGAGACAUGGGCUAUUAUGAUCCUAAGAAGGGACUCUUUAUUACUGAUAGAAUAAAAGAACUUAUUAAGGUGAAAGGAAUGCAAGUGGCUCCAGCUGAAUUGGAAAGUAUUUUACGUUCACACCCUGCGGUAGUCGAAGCCGCAGUCAUAGGAGUCCCUCACGAUUUUAACGGGGAGAGCCCUAAAGCCUUUGUUGUAAAGAAAAAUGGUCUUAGCGUCUCUCCUGAAGAAAUUCAGGAUUACGUUGCUGGGAAAGUAGCUUCGUUCAAGAAGAUCGAAGAAGUUGUAUUUGUUGAAGAUAUUCCUAAAAAUAUGACAGGUAAAAUUUUAAGAAAGGAGUUGAAGAAAAUGUAUGCGUGAAGGAUUUUUUUCUAUGGACUGUUUUUUUUUAAUUUUUAGAGAAAAAAUUUUCGAACAAAAUUAUGAUAUCUCAGUUAUUAUAAGUAUAUAUUUUUGUAAUGUUUUGUUAAUAAGUGCGAAACACGGUGAAAUCGUUUUAUUUUGUAAUGGCGUCGAUUUUUAACUGACUUCAAAAAAAGGUGGAUGUUCUCAAUUCGACUAUAUGAUUUUUUUUGUAUGUAUGUUACGCGAAAA